AUCAUUUUUCAGACAUGACAGAUACACUGGUGCGAUUGAUGCAUGCCAGAGGAGGAGUGCAUUGGUUGUGCGUUAAAAUUGAUAUGGUGGACCGUGUAGCCUACCUAUUCGACUCAGUCCCAUCCAACCGACCGAACAAAAGGAAGCUAAAUGCAGCUAAAAUUUUGGUUGAAACUAUGCACGACUUGCUGCAACUACACUUUGGAAAUGAUUAUGUUACAGACGUGCGUACCUUCCACCGCUGCAUGUUAGACGAGAGGCCAGUACAACAACUGGACGACACGUUUGACUGUGGGAUGUUCGUCAUCAAAUUCAUGCAGCAACCUGAUUUAAGCCCCGGUCCACACAAGUUCGCUCCCUCUGUGCGUCAUAAGUUGUUGGUUGACAUCGUUAUGGAUGUCAAUAAUGCAAAGAUCGCAGAGUACCGGGACUGCCUUCAUAUGAGCAAUGCCACAAGCUAGGCCAGUGAUGGGAAUGAG